UAUAACGGUGAAGCCCCAAAGAAUCGUGUAUCAGACUGUUAAUUACUCAUCAUAGCAACCCCUAAAACACACCCCAUAGCAACCCCUAAAACACACCCCAUUCUUCUCCCCAACUACACCACCACCACCAACAAUAACAGCACCAACGAACGGUUCAGAUAACACCAAACCCCCCGAAUAUAACUUCAAAGCUCUCUCAUCAGACUCGUCCUCUCUCUCUCCCCACUUCUUGAUCGUCCGAUCUCUCUCUCUCUCUCUACUCGUCCAAAUUACAAUUCCAUCAAUCAAUCCUCUCUUUUACGCGCGCCAAAUACAUAAAUCUCACUCUAUCUCCCCCUCUACAGGGUUCCGGCAGCAAUGGCGGAUGCUCCGGCCAGCCCCGCCGGCGGGAGCCACGAGAGCGGCGGCGAUCAGAGCCCUCGCUCCAACGUUCGAGAGCAGGACCGGUAUCUCCCGAUCGCCAACAUAAGUCGGAUCAUGAAGAAGGCUUUACCGGCCAACGGUAAGAUCGCCAAGGAUGCCAAGGAUACUGUUCAGGAAUGUGUCUCCGAGUUCAUCAGCUUCAUCACCAGCGAGGCGAGUGAUAAGUGUCAGAAAGAGAAGCGGAAGACGAUCAAUGGAGAUGAUUUGCUUUGGGCGAUGGCUACAUUAGGGUUUGAAGAUUAUAUUGAUCCGCUCAAAGCGUACCUAACUAGGUACAGAGAGGCACAGGGACAGCAAUCUAGUUGUUUCUCCCAUGCAAGGCACAAAGUAAGGGGGGAUCCAGGUUUUUCUUACUGAUUCAAUAAUUAAGGAUUCUAUGUCUAGUAGAUAUUGUUCAAGGCUUGUAGCAAACCAUUUAAUAUAAGAUUUAUCUUGUCUGAUCAAAAUACUGUAAUGUCCUUAUUUUUUAGGGGUGUUUUCAAUUUUUUUUUUCUUUUUUUUAUUGUCUUUUUUAAUUUGGUGGAAGGAAAUAGAAAAUGUUUGGAUGCUGUUGGUGAAUUUCUGAAAUAGUAUUGUUUAUCUUUUGUACAUUUAACUCUUUUAUAUAAGCAUUGUUAUCUGAAAUUUGAGAUA